AUGAGACAGAGUGUUGCAGCCGUGGUUGUAUCGCUAGCAAUCAUCUCAGCUGUUAUGGUAUAUCAGCAUCGCAUUUAUCUGGAUAUGCUGAGAUCUAUGUAUAGUAGUCUGUCAACACAUGCACAAAAUGAAAGUUCCAAAGAAGGAACCGACAGCUGGGUUAGAGAUUAUUACUCCAAGCAGGCAGCAGACAGGAUUCGUGCGUUGGAUGCGAUCAGCAACGAAUCAGCGAAUUUCGCAGUUCUCUACAAUGUGCUUGUCCCAGAGGUAUUUUGUCGAGAUCUUGUCCGAGUUGGAAAUGUUGUGGAUGGUGGAAAGUUUGUGUGUAAUCCGAAAGCGAUGCCGAAAGGGAACUGCAGCGUUUAUUCGUUGGGGUUAAGAGAAGACAUUUCCUUCGAUCGUGAUAUCCAAGAAUUCAACAAUUCAACUUGCAGAAUAUACGGAUAUGACAUGACAUCUCAGUCAAAAGCAGUCAUCGACGAAUAUCAUGCCAUCAACGGAAAAAUUCGAACGCUUGUGAUAGGAUCAAGUACCAAUGCUUCAGAAAAUGUGUACUUCCUUGGUGACCUUUUGUUGAAUAAUGGCGACACUUACGCGGAAUUUCUCAAAAUGGACAUAGAGGGAGCCGAACACUACACUCUAAUACCUUUCCUGAAGUUAUACAGUGUUUGUCAGCUCUUUUUAGAAGUGCAUCAUUACAAGCCAAUAAAUCAUGUUAAGCUUUUGCAGCAGAUAGCCAGGCUGGAUUAUGCUCUCUUCUUUUACGAAGUCAAUGGGGACUCAUUACAAGCUUGUGAAUACUCGUUUAUUCACCUUACCUGCAUGAAGCGAUAUGGAGUUUCAAUGUUGAAACUUUAUCUGAAAUUUAUUAAGUUGCCAUAG